GAAGAUCAUGGAGGAAAAUUUGAUUUCUCUUGUAACAAUUUUCACUUUAAAAAAAAUCACUUUUUUUCGGAAUUCUACAAUUCCGCCCACUAAAUUUAACGGGAAUUUUACUUUAGUCUUAAAAUGAGUCAACCCUCGGAGCAAGAUCAGAGUGGUUUAUGUAUCGACCUUUCCCACCUCUUCCUUUCUUUUUUCUAUUUCUUUUUUCCUUUCUUCCUUGGGAUUACUCUUGAGUCAGUAACCGUCACCGACUUAAGCGGGACAACUAUUUAACGGCUACUUGUCAUUUCUGCCUUACGAAACUUUCAAAUAUUUGAAACUCUCAAGAAUCCAAUUCCCCUUCUCUUGCCCAUACAGUUCCCAAAAGGAGAAGAAGAAGAAGACUCACGCCAUUUUCUUCAUCAUCUGGAAGGAGAAGAACUGCAAAGCUCUUCAAAAAUUGGAUAACACCCCCCUACUUCUGUCCCAUCAGAAUUUGAAGUAGUUUACAGAAAGUGGAGUGAAGAUGAACGAUCUCAUGACAAAAUCGUUCUUAAGUUAUGUGGAAUUGAAGAAACAAGCCCAAUUGGAUCUUGAAACAGAGAGGGAUUUGGAGAUGGGCCAACUCAGCCGCACAGAUGAAGACAAUCUUUCCAACUUCUUCCAUGAAAUCGAGGUAGUGAAAGUUGAUAUAGAAGAGAUUACUAAUCUCUUGAUUGAUCUUCAAAAUCUGAAUGAAGAGACAAAGAUCACUCACGGUCCCAAAGUUCUUCGUGGCCUUAGAGAUAGAAUGGAUUCAAACAUGGUUUCUGUUCUUCGCAAAGCCAAGAUUGUUAAGGCAAAACUUGAAGCACUCGACAUAUCAAAUGUGGCUAAUCGAAAAUUAUCAGUGGCAUAUGCAGAAGGCACUGUGGUUGAUCGAACGAGAGUUAAUAUGACCAAUGGAUUGAGGGUCAAGCUUAGGGACAUUAUGAAUGAGUUUCAGGCUUUGCGUGAGAAAAUCAUAUCAGAUUAUAAAGACUGCCUCAGAAGAAGAUAUUACAACGAGACAGGUGAGGAACCAACCGAGGAAGUGAUUGAGAAGAUGGUGUCAGGAGGAAGUGGGAAAGUAGAAAUAUUUGCAGGAAAGACGGAGAUGAAUGUGGAAGAGAAAGAUAGGCAUGAGGCUGUAAUGGACAUACAGAAGAGCCUGGAGAAACUUCAUCAAGUAUUUCUUGAUAUGGCUGUUUUAGUUGAGACUCAAGGUGAACAGUUAGAUGAUAUUGAGCGCAAUAUGGCCACUGCUGGAAGUUUCAUCAGUGGUGGAACUAACAGUCUUUUCUAUGCUAAGCAGCAUCAGAAGAAGGGAGUGACUUGGGUAUGUUGGGUUUUGGCUGUGGUGUUCAUCAUUUUGAUGGUUUGUUUCAUUGCUAUGUUGAUCUCUUGAUAAUACUCAUUUCAUUUUAGUUUCUGCUUUGUGAGGCAACAGUUUUUAGUAUUCGGCUCCGUAAUUACUCUCCUUUGGCCUUUCUGAGCUUGAGCAUUUUUACCAUUCUAAGAGAUAGUUGGAAAUGUUUUGAAUGCAACAAUCGUACUGUAGGAUUCAUAUCAGGAAGAAUCAAGAAGAACUUGCAUUUCUUUUUUC